AUGAUGCUCAUUAUCUAUUUUGGCCUUUUUCAACUAGCGUACUCACUUGGGGAUAUAAUGAUUUAUGUACUUUAUUCUAGUCAAACAAAUUCAAAUUUUGUAAGCGAUGCUAAAAACAACUUGCUCCCCUUUAAAUUGACAAAAUAUCUUUAAAAUUUCCAUUUUUUUGGAUAUUUCAUUCCCCUAUUUAAAUAGGUUUUCACGCUAAAUCAAUUAUAAUUCUUCAUAAAAUAAAUUAAAUUUAAAACAUCCGUUCGAUUAAUUUUAAAAAAAAUUAUCUCUGUUCAAUUAAACAGAAUUUUUUAUUCCAAUUUAAAAGGAGGAGUUAUAUAACACAAUUAAUCAAAAUGAACAAUUUUUUGACAUUCAAUUAAUAGAGGUAGAUUUAAAUCAAAAUUUGGCUGAUAAUUUAGAUGCUAAAGAAAAUUUUAUGAUUUUGGAUGCAACUUUUGAUAUAUUUUGGAAUAAAAUGAUUUAUGAAUAUAGUGAGAAUAACAAUAUAGUGAAUCUAAAAAUGAACUUUGAUGCAAGCUAUGUCGGAGAAUGACAAUUUUUUCUUCAUAAUUCUCCAGAUCAGCAUAAAGAAAUAGCCGAAUUGGUCAUAAAAUUUUUUGGUUGAACGAAUUUGGCAAUUAUAUCAAACAAUUUUCCAAUAAAUGUGAAAAUGGCAUCUAAUAUUGAAAAGCGGUUAAAAAAUCAAGUUUCACAAAAAAUAAUUCUUCCGGAUUCAAUAAAUAAAGAAAGAAUUAGUAAUUUAAUUACCAAAAUUAUUAAACCGGAUGGGAUUCAAAUGUUUUUUAUUUUAGAAGAAGGAGACAACUUUCAGUAUUUAAUUGAAAACCUCAAGGACGAGAAAGUUUAUAAAAAAGGGGCAGGAGUUCUUGCUGGGAGCUCUAGCAUUUGGGCAGCUAAAGAAGAUGGCUUAAUUAUAUAUGUCGAAAAAGGUUUAGAAACUGCAGAAUCAUAUACUGAGUAUGAAAUCUUAGCAAUAAAGCAUUUUACUGAUAUUAUCCUAGAAUUCAAAUCUAGAUAUUCAAGCUCCCAACAGUUUGAAGGAUUCAAUUCACUUCUUCUUAAGCAAUUACUUGAGUCAAGUACCUUUCAGCAUAGAAAAAUACCUAUAUUUUCAAUUAUAAAUAUUGACAAUAAUGAUAAAAUUUUGAAAGCUGAAGUAGAAAACUCAACAUUUCACAUAUUUAAUAAAACAUUUAUUUAUCCUGGAAAUACCACUUCUUUUCCAAAAAUAUCUGAAACAGAGAUCGUAUUAUCAAUUGCUUCUGGAUCAUCUGAACCAAAUGGUGUGUCAAAUCUCUUUAACCCUCAGAACUUUUUGGGAUCGUUAUAUGCACAGUGAGUCAUAAAUAACUCAACCUCUCUGCUUAAAAAUUUUUAUAUAUCUCAGUUUCAAACCGAUUGUGGAGCAAGUGUAUACAAUUUCGAUUUUUAUUAUAAAUGCAUGAGCCCAUUAAAAAGCCAGCUUGGGGUUGCGUUUCUUUCUCCUUCAUUUGGUUCUGGAGCGGUUGGCUAUAUUUCGAUUUUCCGAAAAUUGGGAUUGAAGAUUCCUCAUUGUGGCGCAGGAGUACGAACUGCUAUAUUAUCAAAUAAAACCGCAUAUCCUGAAUAUAUGAGAGUAAUAACAAGUAUUGAUUAUUUUGCAGUAAUUAUAGCGAAAAGUUUAGCGUAUUUUGGGUGAAAAAACGUCGCAGUUAUUUAUAAUAGUAAAGCAUCUGCCAUAGCUGAAUACAAUACAUUUGCUCAGGAAUGUGAAGGGCUAGGAAUCUCUAUUUUAAAUGAUAAAGACAAAAGAAUGCUUCCAGCAGGAUACUUAAGGACUAAUUUCACACAGUAUAAACACAUUUUUCAAAAUAUUUAUGAGACCAAGGUGAGGGUUUGUGUUUUGUUCGUUGAUAAUCCAAGCGCUUGGCAUGUCAUUGAAGGGCUUUAUGAUGUUGGAUUUAGAGAAGGAGACCUAAUUCCUAUUUUCGACAGUAAAACCGGAGGUGUUCAGUCUAUUUCAAAUGACCUUGAGGAGUAUAUAAAAAAAAGGAAAGAACUUAUGCUUGGAUCUUUGAGUGUUUUUAGUAAUGAAUAUAUUGGAGACUACGGAAAACAAAUUAAAGCUCAAAUAACUCAAGCCUUUUACCCUCAAGAUCCCAGCUAUAAAUGCUUUUCAUUUGACGCCUUUAUGCUAGCAGCCCACGGGCUUGACUAUACAAUUAACCGAGGGGAUGAUAUAGAAAACCCAUUGGUAUUGAAUAAAAAUUUGAGAAAGCAAAGAUUUGUAGGGUGCAGCGGAACAAUUUCUAUUGAAUCAGAUAGUAAUAAUAGAAAUUCUGCUCCUAUAAAUCUCUUUAAUUUUUAUUAUAAUGAAACUAGCAAAUCAUAUAUCGAGACUUCAGUAAUAGUUUAUUCCCCAGAGUCAGCAAUUCCUUUUAAUGUAAUGCAGCAAGUAGCAUGGCCAAAACAAUCAAAAACUGUUCCAACUGAUAUAAGAGAUAAAAAUUGAGAUUGCCCAUUUGAAAAGCGGCUAGUAAGAAAUUCUCAAGCUGGUGUUGGAGUUCUAUUUGCCGUAUGCUUUUCGAUUUUUUCUAUUUCAGGGAUUAUUACCUGGCUUAUAUGGAAAAAAUGAAAAAUUGUUGAUUAUCCUAAAUUAGAAAAACCAAAAAAAUUAAAAUUUGCUGAUAUGAUGGUUUAUUUGGUAAUUGCAAUUGAGUUCUUUCAAUAUAUAUAUUUAGGUCCACCAGUCUCAUCAAUGAAUUCUGCUGUAGCUUAUAUGAGUGAAGCAACUUCUGUUGAUUUAACAAGCUUCAUUACUUUUAAGGGAACAAUUUUUUGGAUAACAAUGAUAUUUACUCUUUGUGUUGUUUUAUUAAGCAUAUUUCUGAAUAUAUUUACAGUUACUAGAUUUAAAAACUUACUCAAAUGGAGAAUUUGUAUAAGCAUAAGAGUUUUUGCAGAAGCAUUAAUGCCUCUUUUUGGCAAUGCUUUAUUUAUUCCAAUAAUCUCAUUUCUAUUAAACAUCUUUUCAUGCACUCAUGCUACUGGAGACUCUAUUUCUGAUACUUACCUAGAUAAAGAUUGCUAUCAAUAUUGCUGGAAAGGGAAGCAUUUAGCAUUCGCUCUGCUGUCAAUAGUUGCAACUUUUAUUUAUGUGCCUUUAACUGUGUACUACCGGCCUGUAUAUCAAGAAGUGCAAGAAUCUUUACACAUUAAAACAAUGCCAAAAUAUCUCGUGAUUAAAAGCUUAACUCAGAUUUUUUUUGUAGUUCUCAAAAAAACACUUGGUCUUUAUCAGCCAGAAGUGCAUGGUUUUGUCUACUUGAUUUUAUUUUCAAUUUAUAUUUGAAUUGUCAUUCGCUUGAAAGCAUAUAAUUACGAUAAAAUAUGUUUGCUAUUGCUUACAGCGAUGCUUAUGGUGGUUUGGUCUGUGUUAUUUACUUCUUUAUCAAAUAUACUUGAAGCAAACUUUAUAUAUUGGCUUUGCUGUCAAAUGACUGGAUGGGCUGCUAUUCUACUCUGGGGAGCUCUGAAAGCUAAAAAGCUCCCAUCUAUGAUUAUUAUUGAAAAAGGAAUGGAUAUAUCUAUUCUUUUUAAAUUUAUGUUAGGAAAGGUUAAAGCUGAAGCAAUUCACGCAAAAAAAAUAAAAUACGUUUCUAAGAAAGAAAUAAAUGACUCAUGCAAAAUCAAUAUUUCACAUGAAAAGGUAGAUGAAAAUAAAAUAGAAAUAAUAAUGGAAGAAAAUGCAUCUCAAAUUUUCUGGAGCUCUGGCAAUGCAUUGCGCAUUGAUGAGAAUGAAGAAGCGAAAAACGAUGAAACAGCUAGAAUGAAUUCAAACAGAAAACUCUUAUAA